CGGCGGCAGCGGGCGGGGCAGGGCCGGGCCGGGCGGCGCGGAGCGGCGGGCAGCGCCAUGGGGCUGGAGACAGAGAAGGCGGACACCCGCAUCUUUAUGGACGACGACAGCUUCCCGCCGAGCGGCACCCCCGCGCUGCCGGAGCCGGAGAAGUACGCGGAGGAUGAGCUGGACCGCGACCCCCGCGGCAUGAACGCCCACCUCCAGCUGGGGUUCGAGGACGUGAUCGCGGAGCCCGAACUAACCCACUCCUUCGACAAAGUCUGGAUCUGCAGCCACGCACUCUUUGAACUCAGCAAGUACGUGAUCUACAAGCUUCUGACUCUGGUCCUUGCCAUACCGCUGGCCCUGGUGGUGGGGAUCGUCUUCGCUGUGCUCAGCUGCCUGCACAUCUGGAUUGUGGUGCCUUUUGUGAAAACCUGCCUCAUGGUCUUGCCUUCGGUGCAAACUGUAUGGAAAAGCCUGACAGAUGUUUUCGUCGUCCCAUUCUUUCAGAGCCUGGGCCGGUGCUUUGCCAUGGUCAAUAUACGCCUGGACCAGGAGUAAACAUCAGGGAUGCCACACUGCUGUAACUGUAGCUGGUGUGUUAUAUCUCUUUGCUAACAUAACAUACAAGCACUUACCAUUCAUUCCAAACUGUUAAAUUACAAUGGCUGGUUUAAGUGGGAACAUGCUAUUUUUAACAAAACUCAUGUAUUUUCAGGGAGAUCAGUUUAAGAAUAAAGAGGCAGUUUUCAUGGCUCACUAUUUUAACAAGAGAGUGAACACGGAGUGUAUUGGCAACACUUUAUUUUAAUGGUACAUCACUGCUAAAUUACAGGAGAAUUCUCAUGAAGGCUUAACAGCCACCACAGUGAUGCAUAUUGGUGGUGUUACUAUAAAUAUUUCAAUAGCUGUGACACUAGCUGAAACUAAUCAUAGGGUUUUCCUAUCCACUUUACUGCAAAUCCAGCAGUAAAGGGAUCAUUUUUGGUCCUCACUAUGCAGAAUGAUCAACUCAGUCUUUUAUUAUCCACAGUAAAAAUGAAUUGGACUCAUUGCCUAAGCAUACAGAGAAAGGAACUAUUGUGUAAUUCUCCAGUAUUGGGAAGGAAAAGCUCCCUGGAAGUUUAUCUCUUAAAAUAAGGUGUUAGCCAAUGAUUAGGAACAUCAGCUAAUCUGUAUAUUUUAUUUAAUUUGAGGUUAACUUUGCUGUAUAUUUUGUACCUUUGUAAAUGGCACUUGAUGGGUUUUCUCUGAAGCAUUAUUUCCGUAGUAUUUUAAUUCUAACCAACAUAUUAGGCAGCAAGAGCGAGACACUGCAAAAAAAUACUUCAGAUAACUAAAAUUUAAGUUUCUAAAUUAUAUAGAUUUUUAAGUGUUGCUGUGCAAUUCUAGUAUAUUCGUUAUAUAUGGUUGUGUGUAAAAGCAAAGAUUUAAAGUGUUUUCAUACAAGACUAUGCAAGAGAAAUAACUGUUUAUGAGAGAUGUUUUUUAUUAAAAAUAGGGUGUAGUAAAUGCAA